GCUCGGUCGGUUGAACACAGCCAUGUUUCAACGGUAUUUUCGACAAAAAACCUGUCUAUUAUUUGAUCGGGUAUUCGUAAGAACACGGAAGUUAUUUUUCAUUAAACUUUUUCUUUCUAGCAAAAUGCAAGAAAUAAUAGUUACAAAAUUUGAAGUGGCAGGUUUGCUCUGAUACCGGGAUGAAAUGGCGUCUGCACCUCCAAACAAAGUCAGUGUUGACAAGCUAACCGGAGAGUUUCUGCAGUGUUCGCUCUGUCUGGACAGUUACAAGCAACCCAAAGUGUUACACUGUCAACACACAUUUUGCUUCCCUUGUCUUGAGACAUACGUCAAUAACCUGGGCAAUCCCGGUUUGAUAAACUGUCCCCUGUGUCGUGAACCUACUGUGAUCCCCGGUAAAAACAUUCAGUCACUAAAGAACAACUUCCUGGUGGACAGUCUGCUGAGUUUUAUUCAGAAGGAACAGUCACUGCAGAGUAUUGUCAAAGGGAGAUCCGAAUGGCGUGAGACUUCGGUAGCAAAAAUAUGCGAGGUGUGUGAGGAAGAUAAACCAACAGAACUGUUCUGUAAUGAUUGUAACCUUUGGCUAUGCAAGACCUGCGCCAAGGCUCACAAAAAGCUUCCAUCAACCAUGGCUCACAUGACACUGUCUGUGGAUGUCGUUGUCAACAAAGCCAGGGAUAGACUGACGGAUGCAGAAAAAGAGCUGAAUGUUCUGUUGGUGGCAAUUGAUAGCCGCUACCAGGAAGCUCUCCUAAUGCAGCAGCAGUUUUCGGAACAAGGGGAGCAGACAGCGACUAACAUUGAGCAGACGUUUACCAAACUUUGGGAAAUUUUGGAAGAGAAGAAACUGAAGUUUCUUCAGACGCUUGCGGAGCACAUUUCUAAGGCAGGAUAUCAGCUGGAGACAAAGAUUGAACAGAUAGAGAAAAACAAGUUUCAGGUGGAGAAAGCUUUGGAGUUUGUCAAAGAAACUAAGUCCAGCUCAGAUGCCUGGCACAUUACCAGCAUGUUGGAGAAUGUCCAGAAACUGAGAGAAAGUACGAAGGAUAUGCAGCUGCCUAGCGUAGCAGAGAAGAGUAAGUCUGAAUUUCUGGCCGUUGACAAUAUGCUGAAAGAUGUGUCACUUUCCACUGCUGGAAGCUUGUCUUUUCCUUCUGCUGACCCAAGAGAUGCCCCUCUCUACCCAUUGGACUCUCUGACGUCUGGCACAGUUCUGCAUCACCUGAACAAUAAAUUCUUCGUGACAGGCAUUGCUCUGACCCGUAGUGGCAAUAUGUUUGUGGCCUCGAACUGUGACUCGUUGGUAAUGCUGAUGAAAGGAGAAAUUGUUGCCAAAAUAGAGCAUCUCGACUGUGUGAGGCCAUGGGGUCUAGCCCUGGCUCCGAGCAGCGAGAUCGUUAUUACUGACUGUGAAACUAACGACGGGUAUGGUAGUGUGAACGUCCUCCACAUCAAUGGCGCCUUCAAGAAUCAGAUAGCUCAUGGGCUGUCCAUGCCCAGAGGAGUUGCCAUUGAUAAACAUGGUAGAGUUUUUGUGUGUGACGAGACGGACAGAUGCGUAUACGUCAUGACACCGUCUGGCCGAAUGGUCAACAUCCUCAAGAGGGAUGCUGAUGGAAAUUUCAUAUUUGAGGCGCCGAGAUUCGUUGCCAUCAGCGAACACGGGGUGGUUGUCGUAUCGGAUAAUGCAAGGACUGUGAAGAUCUUUGAUGCCCAUUUCAAGCAGAGCCACUGCUAUCAGUCGCCUUUCCCAGGCUCGGAAUUCUGGGACGUUCUCUGUGGAACAGAUGAGACCAUUUACGUGGCAGACUGGAAUCACGGUAUUCAUGCCGUUUCUCCAGACGGCAAGUUCCUGGGAUUUGUUGGCUCCUCUCCCUUCAGGUUAUUAAAACCAACCUCGCUGACUUUGCACCCCACUGAGUAUUCUCUCAUAGUCGGCACGGCCGAUGGUGAAGUCAUUUGUAUUAAGUAACAAUAACAGAUAUAUCUGUAUAUGUGCUGGUAUGAUUCUUUACCAAUCGGUAUAAGGAAUAAAAAAAUUAAUGUAAUAAUUAUGAAUACAUUAUAUUCAUAUAAUCCAAAAUUCAAAUACUAGGUAAUGUGUUAAACUAUAGCCAUUGGUUUUGUUAAGUGGAAUUGCUUAUGUCACUUUGCUGUUGGGUGGAAUAGCAUAUUAUUCCAAAGAUGCUUCAAAACAUGCACUAAUCACACACUAGUCCUAAACAUGUGUCCGAGGUGGAUUGUUGAAUUGAAAUUGUGUAUAUUUAUUAAUUUUGUAGGAAAUUGUAUAUUUACAUGUAAUUUCAAUUGAGGGCUGUUCACUGUUGUCAAUAUUUUUAUGAGUAUACAAAUGGUACCAACCCCUGCAAUGCCAUGGAAAUUGCUGUAGAUUUGUUAAUUUUCUGGGUUGAUAGCGCAAAUAACUAAUACCACAAGUCAUUGGUGAUAAAUGUGACAGUGUUUGUUGUAAAAAAAUAAAAUAAAAGUUUUAUAUAGACAAUAAACAUGAAAUUUUAUUUCAUCCAGUGUUCUGUCAAGUAUAUGGGGUACAGUUUUGUGCCAAACUAGGGGUGUUGUAAAAACAUCUGGCUAUAUUUGUGUAAGAUAAUACUUUAAGGAACACAUUGUAUUUAUACUUAUACAUAUUAAUUUUGUUGAUAUAUUGAAUAUCAUCAACCUCAAUUUCCAAACUAAUUUUUUGAGAUUUUGCUAAAAAUGGAUUGUGAUUGUUCAAAUAAUUAUUAAAGAAUUCAUUUCUGUUUUUAUUUUUUUUAAAUGGGGGGGGGGUCUUCCAUUUUUAUUUGUUUGGCAGUUAUGCUAAGAGGCUGACAAUAUAGUAUUUUUAGCACAUACGUUAACAUUAUCAAUUAUGAGAUUUUAUUUGCUGUUAUACAUUCUUUAUAUGCUUGUUAAAUGUUGAUAAUUGCUUUAAAAAUUAAUAAAAUUAUAUUAACAGAA